CACGCGCGGCUCGGGCCGGAACCUGCUGAGGUGGGUGCGCAGAGCUGGAGGCGGCGGGGAGCGCCCGUGAGGCGAGACCGAGGCCGCGGGCUCCGGGCCGCCGGCGCAGCUCGAGCGCUUUCCGCGGGGUUUGGCUCCUGUCGCUUCCCGUCUCGCUGAACCUGCAUCGCCGCCAACAGAGCCGCCGCCGCCGCCGCCGGAGCUGCCGCCGCGAGUCCUCAGAGCCGGGCUGCGGGCGGCCAGGCGCUCCGGGACGACGCGCGGAGCGGACGGCUCCGGGACGCGGUCGCAGAUGAAGAGAAGUAAAGAAUUGAUAACUAAAAAUCAUAAUCAAGAAGAAAUAAGUAUUCUCCGUUGUUGGAAAUGUAGAAAAUGCAUAGCAGGUUCUGGUUGUUUCAUGGAAUGUCUUGAGAAUCAAGUGACUAAGGAUAGACAUGAUUCAGCUGAUGAUCAAAAUAUUUGUCAUGUGUGGCAUAUGGAUGUAGAAGCCCUUCCAGAAUGGAUACACUGCCUAAUACAAAAAGCCCAGUGGACAGUUGGAAAACUGAAUUGCCCUUUCUGUGGGGCCCGUUUAGGGGGCUUUAAUUUUGUCAGCACUCCAAAAUGUUCCUGUGGCCAGCUUGCAGCUGUACAUCUCUCCAAAAGCCGGACCGAUUAUCAGCCAACACGGUCAGGCCGACUAACGAGACCCUCGCUGAAAUACUUGUCACAUCCUAGAGUUCAGUCAGGUUGUGACAAGGAAACUCUGCUGACAGGUGACGCCUCCAAAAACAGAAAUCACGGGCUUUUAAACAUGGCCCAAAAUAAUAAUGGCCCUGGAAGAUUAACGGAAGCACUCUGCCUGGAGGUACGGUCAACGUAUUUCAAGAUGAAGAACGAAAAACUGCUCUUCAAAGCAGAUCCAAAAUGUCAGCUUCUUGUUCCGCAGCUUGUGACUGGCAGAUGCACUACGAAAGCUUUUCAUAGAAAAUCACAUAGCUUGGAUCUGGACAUCAGUGAGAAACUGACUUUAUUACCCACUUUAUAUGAAAUCCAUAGUAAGACUACUGUGUAUCCCAGGCUAAAUGAAAUGCAGCCUAUUGACCUUUCGGGCUUGCCUUUAGAAUCGAGUAAAAAUAACCGUUCCUUUCAGAUUUCAUCCAGUUUUGAUCCUAAUAUGCUGCUGCAAAGAUUUUCAGUGACUCCCCGUGAGACCCAGACACAAAGAGGAGGAGAAUUUCAGUGUGGUCUAGAAGCUUCUGCAGUGUACUCUGGCCAUGCUAGUUCUAACAACCUGACUUUCCUGAUGGACCUGCCCUCAGCUGGCAGGGGCACACUGGAGGCCCCAGACCAGGAAGAGCACCUCUCUCCUCUGGACUUCCUGCACUCAGGCAGUUUUUCAUUGGGUGCCAUUAAUCAGAGGCUCAGUAAGAGAGAAAAGAGCAAGCUGAAGACUCUGAGACGGAAACAACGAAGGCAUGAAAGAUGGCUGCAGAAGCAGGGUAAAUGUCCAGGAGUGGGAUUGCUGGAUCAUAUGACUUUGGAUAAUGAGAUGAGUACAGAUGAUGACAAUGAAUAUGCAGAAGAAAAGGAGAGCUACAUCUGUGCAGUGUGUCUGGAUGUUUAUUUCAACCCCUACAUGUGUUACCCUUGCCACCACAUCUUCUGUGAGCCCUGCUUACGGACUCUUGCCAAAGACAAUCCCGCAAGCACUCCCUGCCCAUUGUGUCGGACAAUUAUUUCCAGAGUCUUUUUCCAGACAGAACUGAACAAUGCCACAAAAACAUUCUUUACUAAAGAAUAUUUGAAAAGAAAACAAAGCUUUCAGAAAUCCAGCUCUGCAAAGUGGCCCCUACCAAGCCGCAGAAAAGCAUUCCAUCUUUUUGGAGGUGUUCUGCUCCACAUCAUCCUAAGCUUUAGGACCGAGGAUGACAGAGCAGCCUCUAUCUGGUACACUGCUGGUUGUGGAGGAGGAAAAGAGACAGCUGCAGCAUGUCAAACUGAUAAAUGCUCUACCCAGAAGCAACACACAGCAUUUUCUUUGGACAGUCGUUUUCGUUUGUCAAGUCUGGUGGCCAUGCCUGAGGGGCAGGGAAGUGCAAACAAACCAGGUUUCCACAGACGUGCAGCUCCAGUUACAAGAAGGCAGUUUCCACAUGGUGCACAUAGGAUGGAUUAUUUGCACUUUGAGGAUGAUAGCCGUGGAUGGUGGUUUGACAUGGAUAUGGUGAUCAUCUAUAUUUAUUCAGUGAACUGGGUCAUUGGAUUCAUUGUUUUCUGCUUUCUUUGCUAUUUUUUCUUUCCAUUUUAGGAAUAUUCAUACCUUACUAUGGUUGAACAAUUACAAAUGAUGUAGAUAACAAUUACUUAAACAUUUUUUUAAAUGUGCUUUGAAGUUUUUAUAAUGUUGCAUUAUAUAAAUUGUUGGUGUUUAUAGAAAAUCUGAGAAUGGACUUAUUUAUGAAUGUUUUUCAUGUAACAAACUCAACUUUAUUCAAGAGCUAAUCUGUCUAGCACUUAGCAACAACACACUGUUAAUUUCAUAGUUCUUCUUGGUUCGGGAUUUGUGGCUCUAAUUUUACAAUGUCACUUUUACAUUUAUCUUGAUUUUAAAGACUGAGGUUUUCCCUCCACUUAAAAAUAGUAAAAAAUGUAAAAUUAAAUGAUAAUCUGAGUAGAUAUUAUCAUUAAUGAUAAUAUAUUUAGUCAAUCAUCACUUAUCCUCAGGCAAGUUAUAUACAUUAAAGAUAAACCAUAUCCUCUGGGAACUAAUCUAGCAGGGUAUAUUCAGUUUUGGUUUCCAAUUAUCUCUAUGUAUGUCCUUAUGUCCCUUUCUGUUACCAAGACAGCUGACUGUCCUUUUUUUUAGAGGCCUAAUAAUAGCGUUAGUGCAACAUUUUAAACUAUUACAAGAACAGAAUAUUAAACACAAAAAAGCAAAAAAACAAAGCUGAGAUUAAUUCCCACCAGUAGAUACUUAGAAAAAUAUAUUAACACUUUUCCAAUUGCAGGAUUAUUCACCUGAGGAAAUUAAAAAUUUACUGACAGACACUCAGUAGCCUAAAAGAACAAUGCAUGUCCAAAAUGUAGUUAAUUUAGUGAUUCUUUUAACUUGGACAUUGUCAAAUAUACUGUAAAUGUGCAAUAAAGAGUGGCUUUUAAAUUU